UAUUCAAAUAGUUCUUUCUUAAUUAUCAAGAUGAAUUCUCCAUUAGUGAUCAUUCUUCUGAUGCUCUUUCACAUUGUUGCAUUGGUAGUUUCUGACCCCAAAGCCAUGCUUUCCCCACCUUCACCUCCUCCAUACCAUGCUGAUGAAUCUACCAUAUUUCCAACAUCUAUACCCUACCAAUCUCAAUCUUCACCUUCACACCUUGAUAAAAAUCUACCUGCUGCAAACCUUGAUAAAAAGAAAAAACCUCCAUUGAAUCCACCAAAAAAGUCUCCAUCACCUCCAUACCGACGACCACCACCGCCGCCACCUCGUUCUGCAAAGCCAUUUGACUUUCUUAUGUUGGCGGAAAGAUGGCCAGAAACUUACUGCAUCAUUAUGAACCAAGCUUGUAGAAAAAUUACACCAUCAAAAUUUGUAAUUCACGGCCUCUGGCCAAACAACGACGGUCCAAUUUCUUCUCAGCCGCGUGGUUGUGAUAACUCAAGUGAACCAAGUUUUUCAUUUGCAUUUCAGAAAGAACUACAAAAGGAGUGGCCAUCUUUGAGAUCUUAUCAGAAUACUUCACUUGCGGAUACUACCCUCUGGUUGAAUCAAUGGAAAGAUCAUGGAACUUGCAGCUUAAUGACUCCAGAGAAAUAUUUCGAGGAGACACUCAAAAUUCACAAGAGAACUAAUUUAAAGUUCACCCUUAUCAAAGCAGGUCUUCCUCCAAAUGCUAGAAGACCUUACAUGACAACUGAAAUUUUUGAUGCCAUCAAGAGACGUAUUGGAUUUAACCCUCAAAUUCAAUGUAUUAAAAUUGGGAACAAAUUCUAUUUGCAAGAAAUAAGACUGUGUUUGGACAAAAGCACUCAACACAAUUACAUUGAUUGUCCUAAAACAUAUGUAGAUUGUGGAAGUAAUGUAUACUUUCCUGAAAAAGAAUAAUGGUCCAAAUAAUGAUGUAAUAAUUAGGGUGCUAUUUCGGCUAAAAUAAAUUGUGUCAUUACAUGUGAAA